CCGCUCUUCAGUCCCUCCUCCCUCUUUCAGAGUUUGAGGGACCCCGCCCCCACCACUUUCCUCAGGUCUCUAGGCUCGGCAGAGGGAGAAGGAGAAGGCGGUUGUCGUUAUCGUCUCUCUCUACGGUUCAAGGAUCGAGCUAAUCCUUUUAAGGGCAGGAGGUUUAUUGGCAGCGUAUCAAGUAUGGUGACUGAUGUCUAAAAGAAAAAAAUUGGAUUUGAGGAAAGUAAGCAUUUCAAACAACUGUUCUGCCUCAGAAGUGAAGGCUCCUAAAGUAAACUGGUUGCGUCAUGCUGAUGCUCUUAAGAACGCGUCAACAAGAAAUGACUUUUUAAGUUCGAACUUCCAUUAUUCCUUGCCAACUCAAAACCCCUUUGUUAAAGGGCAGCAGUGCACAAGAUCAAUGGCUUCUGUAGUCCAAAGUGUUGAAGGGCCUCAUAGUUUCCAGAUUUCCAAGGUGCAUGAUGCUGUUAAUAGGCUUCAAUUCAGUUGUAAAGGAUACUUGAGACCUGGAUUGACUGCUCCACUAGUUUCAAAAGGAGUUUCUGACAAUAUUCCCACAAAGCAAAAACAGGCCAUUGGAAAUCAACAGCAUUCUUUGUGCAGUUCAGUCCACCAUGCAGGAACUGCAGGGAGUUUCAAGCAUCAAACACAUGUCAAGGAUGGAGGCUCUGUAGGUCAUGUUGCAAUUAAUUCCACAAAAGUUUCUGUAGCAGCAAAAAAUGUGCAAAAUGAUGGUGCACCCAUUGGCUCAAUCUCGAACCCUUCUUCGAUUCCAGAUGUAUUUCUGAGCAAUGGAAACACCAAUUUUGAUGACCUAAGUGAAGAGUUCAUGGAUGCCAUUGAAGAUGAGGAAAUUUUGAAGUCUAUUGAUGUGGACCAAAUAGUUAUGAAUCAUUACCAAUCUACUGGUACUCCACCAUCUUUAGUAUCUAAAGUUUCACCUAUUACUCCUGGGGGACUUGCACAUGAUAUUGGAGGCCUUGCUGAGCCAGAUAUCAAAUGUGGCCAUGGAUGUAAGAUGGUGCAUUGCUCCGAAGCUUUAAAUCAUUUACAGGAGAUGAAGGACAGACUAAUUGUUAUUUCAAAUGAACUGCUAGAUAACUCUGAUCAGCUUGCACCUCACCAUUCAGCACAACUCCGUGAUGAGCGUUUGCAGCUGAAUAGACAAAUUCAAGACCUUGAAAGAUUUCUUCAUUGUACAGCCGGAGACGAAGAGAGGCAGAGAUCACAUUAUUCUGCAUCCACUAUGUCUACAUGCAGAACUAACUUGGGAACUCCCCUCUCUCAUGGAGUGGUGAAUGACUUUACACAUAAUUCUUUUGCAACGUAUGAUAUAGGGCAAACAUCUCAUCAAUCAGAUUAUUACUUCAAUUCAAUUCAGUCACCUAUGACAGCUUCCUCCAUGGAUUGGAAGGGUAGCGCAGUUUCUUUUGUGGAGAGGGAAGCAUUUGCCCCCAAGUUACUGGAUGUAAACUACAUUGAUGGUUCUUCAGACAAGAAGUGGAGUAGCAGAGAUUUCCCAUGGACCAGGCAAUUAGAGGCAAACAAUAAAAAGGUGUUCGGAAACCACUCAUUCCGUCCAAACCAGCGAGAGGUUAUAAAUGCAACAAUGAGUGGAUGUGAUGUUUUUGUUUUGAUGCCAACAGGUGGUGGAAAAAGCCUGACGUAUCAGCUUCCUGCUCUUAUAGGCCCUGGUGUGACGUUGGUUGUUUGUCCUCUUGUAUCACUUAUCCAGGAUCAAAUCAUGCAUUUGUUACAGGCAAACAUUGGUGCAGCAUAUCUAAGUGCAACUAUGGAAUGGACUGAGCAGCAACAAGUCCUUAGAGAAUUGACUUCAGACUGCUGUAAAUACAAGUUGUUAUAUGUGACACCAGAAAAAAUUGCAAAAAGUGAUAAUUUGUUGAGGCACCUGGAUAGCUUGCAUAUGCGAGAGUUACUAGCGAGAAUAGUAAUUGAUGAGGCUCAUUGCGUUAGCCAGUGGGGGCAUGAUUUCAGACCGGAUUAUCAGAGUCUUGGAAUUCUGAAGCAGCGGUUUCCUACUGUUCCUGUACUUGCCCUGACUGCAACUGCAACUGCAACUGUAAAGGAAGAUGUGGUGCAAGCACUUGGCCUUGUGAAUUGUGUGGUUUUCCGUCAAAGUUUUAACCGUCCAAACCUCUGGUAUUACAUAAUGCCAAAGACCAAAAAGUGUUUGGAGGAUAUUGAUAAAUAUAUUAGAGAAAACCAUUUUGACGAAUGUGGCAUAAUCUACUGCCUUUCAAGAAUGGAUUGUGAAAAAGUUGCUAACAAAUUGAAGGAGCUUGGGCAUAAAGCAGAAUUUUAUCACGCUAACAUGGAUCCUCACCACCGUGCUCUGGUUCAAAAACAGUGGAGUAAAGAUGAAAUCAAUAUAAUUUGUGCAACUGUUGCAUUUGGAAUGGGUAUCAACAAACCUGAUGUUAGGUUUGUCAUUCAUCAUUCCAUACCUAAAUCUAUUGAGGGCUAUCACCAGGAAUGUGGAAGAGCUGGACGAGAUGGUCAGCGUUCAUCUUGUGUAUUAUAUUAUAAUUACAGCGAUUAUAUUCGGGUUAAGCAUAUGCUUAGUCAUGGAACUUUUGAACAGAACUCCUUGGCAUGUGGCGGUGGUCGAUUGGAAACCAACAUUGAGAAUCUUCUACGCAUGGUUGGUUAUUGUGAAAAUGAUGUGGACUGCCGAAGGCUGUUGCAGCUGGUUCAUUUUGGAGAGAAGUUUGAUCCUGGGAAUUGUAAGAAGACAUGUGAUAACUGUUGCAAGAUGUUGACUUUUAUUCAGAAGGAUGUAACUGGCAUAGCAGUGCAGCUGGUGGAAUUAGUGAGGUUGACCGGUCAGCGCUACUCUUCAUCACAUAUAUUGGAUGUCUUUAGGGGUUCAAUGUGCCAAAGUGUUAAAAAACUCAAACAUGAUACGUUGAGCCUCCAUGGAGCAGGGAAACAUCUGGAGAAAGGCUAUGCUUCUCGUAUCCUACGUAAUCUUGUUAUUGAAGACUUUCUUAUUGAAGAUGUCAAAAAAAGCGAUAUUUAUGGUUCUGUAUUAUCUGUUUUAAAGGUUAAUGAGUCAAAAGCUAACAAUCUUUUCUCUGGCCAACAACUGAUCAUUUUAAGAUUUCCUGCACCAUCCAGAAAGGCAAAUAAAGCUGAGAAAGUUGAAGCUCCCCUUGCAAAAGUUCCACUGGUGUCAGAAAAGACACCAGCUAGUAAUCCUGGACAACCUCAACCAGAAGUGGACACGAACUUGUCAGCUAAACUUUAUUCUGCUCUGCGCAAUCUCCGGACGGUACUUGUAAAGGAAGCUCCUGAGGGUGUCAUGGCCUACCACAUCUUUGGAAAUGCCACGUUGCAGCAGAUCAGCAAGAGAAUUCCUAGAACAAUGGAGGAUCUUCUUGAGAUCAAUGGCAUCUCAAAGGCAAAGGUAAAUAAAUAUGGAAGUAGGGUUCUGGAAACUAUUGAAUCUACCAUUGAAGACUACCAAAGAGGGAACGGCAACAACGUCAUUGAUGAGUCUGUCAAGAGACAGAGAGAGUCGCAUUCCUCAUCCAGUUUUGGUACGAAUCAUGAUGAUGACUUCAUUGGGGAUGGUGCGUCAGUGAAGAAAAAAGUUUACAAAUGGGAGUCAAGAAAGGCACAAUCUAGUAAAACAAAUUCAAUGGCCUUGAGUUAUGACCAAGUUGUUGAUGUUGAUCUGGACAGAGAGGAGCUUGAGGACUUGGAUCCAACAAAAAACCAUGCUAGUGAAAGGAGGGUCUCAUCAACGCAAUCAAAAUCAACAAAGUAUGCCAAUAGUGCAGUUAACAAAUUGUUUGACAGGUAUGCAUUUAGAAAAGAUCAAGUGUAAAUGCAAAAUGACAUGGUUCCUGCGAUAAUCAACUGUAGAUCAUCCCUGAGUUGUAUUAGGGACCUUGUCCAUUGUCUAAGUAUGUAAUCCCUUUGGCCGAUAUUGAGUUAUCAUGUGGUUCUGAUGCAUGAUUGUUGUAGCAUUUGCAAUCUUGUUAAAUUACUAUGCUUCGGUAUAGUUUUGCGUCACGAACUACGGCCUUUUCAUUUUUCUGGCAAGGUUGUAAUAUCUGCUUGACUGUCCCAGAUUGCCUAACCUUCUGACAAGAGAUCACCAUAUUUCAUUGCUA